GGAGCGAUGAGGGAACUGAGACUGUGGUAGCAGUUGUGUGAAGAUGGAGUUUCCCGGAGGAAAUGACAAUUACCUGACGAUCACAGGGCCCUCUCACCCCUUCCUGUCAGGGGCCGAGACAUUCCAUACACCAAGCUUGGGUGAUGAGGAAUUUGAAAUUCCACCUAUCUCCUUGGAUUCUGAUCCCUCACUGGCUGUCUCAGAUGUGGUUGGCCACUUUGAUGACCUGGCAGACCCUUCUUCCUCACAGGAUGGCAGCUUUUCAGCCCAAUAUGGGGUCCAGACAUUGGACAUGCCUGUGGGCAUGACCCAUGGCUUGAUGGAGCAGGGCGGGGGGCUCCUGAGUGGGGGCUUGACCAUGGACUUGGACCAUUCUAUAGGAACUCAGUAUAGUGCCAACCCACCUGUCACAAUUGAUGUACCAAUGACAGACAUGACGUCUGGCUUGAUGGCGCAUAGCCAGUUGACAACUAUUGAUCAGUCAGAACUGAGUUCUCAACUUGGUUUGAGCUUAGGGGGUGGCACCAUCCUGCCACCUGCUCAGUCACCUGAGGAUCGUCUUUCAACCACCCCUUCACCUACUGGUUCGCUUCAUGAGGAUGGUGUUGAGGAUUUCCGGAGGCAACUUCCCUGCCAGAAGACAGUUGUGGUGGAAGCAGGGAAAAAGCAGAAGGCUCCAAAGAAGAGAAGGAAGAAAGAUCCUAAUGAACCUCAAAAACCAGUUUCAGCAUAUGCUUUAUUUUUCCGUGAUACACAGGCUGCUAUCAAGGGACAGAAUCCCAAUGCCACUUUUGGGGAGGUGUCAAAAAUUGUGGCCUCUAUGUGGGAUAGUCUUGGAGAAGAACAGAAACAGGUUUAUAAGCGGAAAACUGAAGCUGCCAAGAAAGAGUAUCUGAAGGCUCUGGCUGCUUAUAAAGACAACCAAGAGUGUCAGGCCACUGUGGAGACAGUAGAAUUGGAUCCAGUGCCACCAGCACAGACUCCUUCUCCACCUCCUAUGGCUACUGUUGACCCAGCAUCUCCAGCACCAGCCUCAACAGAGCCCCCUGCUCUGUCCCCUUCCAUUGUUGUUAACUCCACACUUUCAUCGUAUGUCACAAACCAAGCAUCUUCCGGGGCUGGGGGCCAGCCUAAUAUUACCAAGUUGAUUAUUACCAAACAGAUGUUGCCCUCUUCUAUUACCAUGUCUCAAGGAGGCAUGGUUACUGUUAUCCCAGCCACAGUGGUGACUUCCCGGGGGCUCCAGCUAGGCCAAACCAGUACAGCUACUAUCCAGCCCAGUCAGCAAGCCCAGAUUGUCACUCGGUCAGUGUUGCAGGCAGCGGCAGCAGCUGCUGCUUCUAUGCAACUGCCUCCACCCCGACUACAGCCCCCUCCGUUACAACAGAUGCCUCAGCCCCCCACUCAGCAGCAAGUGACCAUUCUGCAGCAGCCUCCCCCACUCCAGGCCAUGCAACAACCUCCACCUCAGAAAAUUCGAAUGAAUUUACAACAACAACCACCUCCUCUGCAAUUCAAGAUAGUGCCUCGGCCUAAUCUGAAAAUGCAGACUACCUUAGUCCCACCAACUGUGGAAAGUAGUCCUGAGCAGCCUAUGAACAGCAGCCCUGACACCCAUACAGUGGAGGCAACCUCUCCUGAGACAAUCUGUGAGAUGAUCACAGAUGUAGUUCCUGAGGUCGAGUCUCCUUCUCAGAUGGAUGUUGAACUGGUGAGUGCGUCACCUGUGACGCUCUCACCCCAGCCUCGAUGUGUGAGGUCAGGGUGUGAGAACCCUCCUGUCGUGAGUAAGGACUGGGACAAUGAGUACUGCAGCAAUGAGUGUGUGGUGAAGCACUGCAGGGAUGUAUUCUUGGCCUGGGUUGCCUCUAGAAAUUCAAACACAGUGGUAUUUGUGAAGUAGUCCUUUUUGUUCUCCAAGCAAAUGAAGACUUCUCUGCUGGGAAUGUGUCCAAGAGCCUAUUUUGAAACACGAACUGGGCUUCUGUUGGUUCCUGAUGUCAACCUAUGAUGGCCCUUCCUGCUUCUUUCCUUUUCUUUCUCUUCAGUAGGGGCCAGGCUAUGGAGCAGAGCCAUUGAGUUUGCUGUAAUAUGAAACUGCUUUUUACUUUAAAGUACACGCAGAGAUACCAGUGACAACAGCAGAAGAAAAGGUGAAAGGAAUAUGGACAAGCAGAAAAUACAGAUGGUGGGGUGGUGGUGGGUUGUUGUUUGAGAAAAUUUGUUGGUAUAAUUAUCACAGGAUUUACUGAAAAGAUUAUUAAAAUGGGAGAGUACUCAGCUUUGA